UCGGGUCAGUUGGGUUGGGUUCAGUUGGGCUGCGUGCAGCCUGGUUGAGGCCGGUCCGGUCCGGUCCGGUCCGGUCCGGUCCGGUCCGGUUCGGUCCGGUCCGGUUCGGUUCUGUGCGGCCAUGGCGAGGCGGGCCGCGGCGCCGCACGGCGACGACUUCUCGUUCGUGAGCCCGCUCGUCAAGUACGUGCUCUUCUUCUUCAACAUGCUCUUCUGGAUGAUCUCCAUGGUGAUGGUGGCCGUGGGUGUCUACGCGCGGCUGCUGAAACACGCAGAGGCCGCCGUGGCCUGCCUGGCCGUGGACCCCGCCAUCCUGCUCAUCGUGGUCGGCGUCCUCAUCUUCCUCAUCACCUUCUGCGGCUGCAUCGGCUCCUUGCGGGAGAACAUCUGCCUGCUGCAGACGUUCUCCAUGUGCCUCACCGUGGUCUUCCUCCUGCAGCUGGCGGCCGGCGUGCUGGGCUUCGUCUUCUCUGACAAGGCGCGCGGCAAGGUCAGCGAGAUCAUCAACGGCGCCAUCGUGCACUACCGGGACGACCUGGACCUGCAGAACCUCAUCGACUUCGGGCAGAAGGAGUUCAGCUGCUGCGGGGGCGUCUCCUACAAGGACUGGUCGCAGAACAUGUACUUCAACUGCACGGCCGCCAACCCCAGCCGCGAGCGCUGCUCCGUGCCCUUCUCCUGCUGCCUCCGAGCCGCCGACGAGGUCGUCAUCAACACCAUGUGUGGCCAGGGCAUGCAGGCCAUGAACUACCUGGAGGCCAGCGAGUUCAUCUACACCAACGGCUGCAUCGACAAGCUGGUCAACUGGAUCCACAGCAACCUCUUCCUGCUGGGCGGCGUCGCCCUGGGCCUGGCCAUCCCGCAGCUCGUGGGCAUCCUGCUCUCCCAGAUCCUCGUCAACCAGAUCAAGGACCAGAUCAAGCUGCAGCUCUACAACCAGCGGCACCGGGCGGACCCCUGGUACUGAGCCCGCGGGCCGGGCGCACCCCGGGGCGAAGGGCAGACCCAGCGCCCCCCAGAGAGGGGCUCAGCUGGAGCCAGGGCCAACCGCGGUCCCCAAGGCCGGGGACAGGACAGUGGCCACCUCUGCCGGUGACACUUUGGCCCCGCUGGCGCGUGACGCUGCUCCUGAACGGAGCCUCCCCACCCCAAGUUAACUGGAGUGAAGGGACAAGCAGCAAAGGGACGGGUGUCCCCGGGGCUGCCCCUGUGCCUGGGGAUGGCUCCGGUGUCACCUCAGGAACCCCCGAAUCCGCAGCGAGAGGGACGAUGGCUUGAAGGGCACGGGGACUCGGGGACCCGUGU